UCGGCACUUUCAGGUUUUAAGUGUUACUCCAACCCUUAGUUAUAUUUUUUUACUUUCUAUUGUUCCGUUUCAGUUGUAUACAAUGUUGAAAAUGUGCUUAUUAUACAGAAGUUUAAGUGUUACAUAACUAUUACUCGUGGUAUACUCGCUUUGGUCAUUUUCAUUACUUAAACCCACCCCGUGUUUACUGUUGUGGUGAUGCAUGAAGAGAUUACACAUGCAAAGAACUGACAAAUGAGAAUGACAGAAGCAGUAGAUUGACAUUGGGUUUGGCUAAUAGAAUCACUGGGGACAUUGUGUUUAUACCAGCCCCCUUUUCCGUACAAGACGACUGUUUUGUGGGUAUGGACAUUAUGGUGUGGAGGUGGUGAACCCAGCUGUGCUGCCCAGUAACCCCUAACAGUACAAGGUCUGGGAGCCCAAGCCUCAGGCUGAACACACAGGAGUGAUGAUGGAUGCCAAUGGUGACCAAUCAUACAGCCUGCUUCACUGUGAUGAGCACUUCCUCUUCUCACCUGGUUUCCCCACCAGUGACAGUUACAUAGAAUAUGAUGACCUGCCAGAUCUACAGGAGGUUCAGGAGGAGUUAGAGUCAGCAGUGCCACCUGUCUACCAGGUGGAGAUGGGUGUGUCACAUACAAACACAGAACCACACACCCCACAGCCUCCUGACACACAAUGGCUGACACAGCUGGCUUACAUUGCCACCGGACCUGAUACAGGAGGCUCCUCACAGCAGACGAGCAGUGAAUGUGGCUCUGUAGCAUCAACCAGAUCAUCUCUGUCAGAUGAUGAAGACAUAGGCUGGAGCUUCUCCUGGCCUCCCACUGCCUGGCACUGUUUUCUCAAAGGCACUCGUCUGCAUUUCCACAGUGGUUCUAAUGUGGAAUGGCAAAAUGUUGAGGACCUGGACUCGGCUGAGGAACACUUUAGUGAUGAGGAGCAAUCCAAAUCUCUCAAGAGUUAUGGCUCUGAAGGUCUGCAGCUGGUUGAAUAUUCAGACAUCAUGUUGUCUGGUCAGGCUGUCCUACAACUGACCUUUGACCCUGGGUCAUUCGGGCAUGCCCUCAUGACUGCGCUGUGCCAACUUGACCAUCCUUUCUACAUCAAAAACAAAGGGUGGUCAUCAUUUUACCCAAGCAUGACUGUAGUGCAUUAUGGGAUACCAUGCUAUGAAAUGGAAGUAGGAGAUAUUUGCCUGCCUCCAGGACACAGAGAUGCCAAACACACUGACGACUCACUGGUAUUAGACACAUUCAGGAGUUAUGAUUUCACUCCUCUGGACUCCUCUGCGGUUUACGUCUUGAGCAGCAUGGCUAGACGGCGGCAUGCCUUCCAGUCUAGCAGUGGAGCCAUUUCUCCAGACAGAGACACCUUAGAAGACGUGCAUAGUCCCAGCCAUGCCCACUUUGCUCAUCAAAAGCCAACCAAAGGCCAGAAUGCCAGCGCAUCAGGAGGUAAUAAUGCCACACCCACUAAAUGCAAGCGGCCAAUGAAUGCUUUCAUGCUGUUUGCUAAGAAGUUCAGGGUGGAGUACACACAGAUGUACCCAGGCAAGGACAACAGAGCAAUCAGUGUCCUCCUUGGUGAGCGCUGGAAGAAAAUGCGAAAUGAGGAGCGUCGGACGUUCAUCCUACAGGCCAAAGUCCUCGCUGAUGAACAGAAAAGACUCAACCCAGACUGCUGGAAACGCAAACGUCCCAGCUCUGGUUGUCAGGGAAAUUAAGGCUACACGGAAGAAAAGAGGACUAAGUCUGUAUGAGUUCAUGCAGACACAUUCAGAAGAGACAAGGAAAAGAGCUAUACAUAACUAUACUAUGCCUCAAUAUUGCAUUUUGUUACCAAGAGACUUGUCUUGAGUAUUUGAUUUAGUCUUUUCAAAAGCUUAUUGCUGUAAAAAGAACAAAAAAACUAGAGAAAUGCAUUUCCUGUCAAAAAUGCGUGUGGAUGCUGAUAUGCUGAAGGCUCGGCCUGAAAAGGCCUGAAAUCAGUUGCUGAGAGAGUUGAAGGAUGAGAAGAAAUGGCUGAAGUUCUUUCUUGAAAUAGUUGAAGGCUGAGAAGAAAUGUCUGAAGUUCUUUGUUGAAAUAGCUGAAGGAUGAGAUGCAAUGCUGGACAAUUGUGGAAGUUGAAAAAUGUUGAAUAAUUAUGAAAGAGGAAAAGUUCAGUAAUUAUUGUAUGUGAGAUGAAAUCGAAAGCUGGAGUUGUGUGUCAGCAGGCCUCACAAAGUAGGGAAAACAAAACACGUGUGUGUGCGUGCACACAGUAAGAAAAACAAGUAGGGGUGUAUGUGUGUGAGAGAGAGAGUAGUCUU